UUUUCUACAUUUUUAUAAAGGAAAGAAAAAGGUGUAGUGGUCUCUUAGUUUUUCCAGAGCUGUAGAUUCACGUUGGCUCCUUUGUUGAAACAUCCCAACACUGAUGCCCCGUUUAUCGUUGAGGUGGACGCCUCAGAGGUUGGUAUCGGGGCAUUGCUGUCUCAAAGGCAAGGUAAGCCCCCUAAGUUGAUUCCAUGUGCCUUUUUCCUCAUACAAGCUCACCUCUGUUGAAUGUUCUUUCGAUGUAGUAGAUCGGGAGCUGUUGGCUGUGAAGAGGGCAUUGGCUGAGUGGAGACAGUGGCUUGAGGGGGCACAACAUCCUUACAAGUUUACCUUGUCUUACAGACAAGCCCCUUUGGGAUGGGGUGUGGACGAGGUUAUCGACGAGCAAUAGGAACGUAACCACCCCCAGCGGCUGUCCGACCGUACCUACGUGCCUCUGGAGGCAAGGGACUGACUUUUUUCCUGGGCACUUACCUCCCUGGUGUCCGGCCAUCCAAAUUACCAAAAAUAUAUAGUUCAGAACAAAACUUAUAGUGAUAAAACAAUAUAUGCGAUUUGGACCACUUUGGAUUAGAUUAGAUUCAACUUCAUUGUCGUUGAAUAGUACAAGUACAGAACAACGAAAUGCUGUUGCAAUUGAAAGAGUUAGAGCGUUUCAUACCUCUGUCUACUUCUCGGCUAUUUGAAUUAGAAAAAAAUAUAUAUAAAAUAUCUCUUACCAAACUUGACAACCUGUUUUUUUGCAAUAUUUCCCAAACAGCUGCCGUUGAACCCACUUUUCCAACAAGAUAGACAAAAAGUUGGUGUUUCAUAUCUUUGUCUACUUCUCAGCUAUUUGAAUCCCCAAAAAAGUACACAAAUAUUUCUUACCAAACCGGAGUAACUAUUGCAAAAUUAUUUCCCCCCAAAUACAAAACAGCUCCAAUAGUACUUUCUGAAUAAAACUAUAAGGCAGUCUAUAGGAGUGUAUCCUUUACAAGGUAAGUUGAAACAACCUAGCAAGCAAUUUGGGUCAACAGCCACACUCAGGCACAGAUUUUUCACCUUGCCAUCUUUUGGUUACUGGUAAAAUGCUGUAACUACUAGGCUACAUGCCACCCCAAAUAUAAGAUACUUCAUGAAGUAGCAUAACUAUGUUGUCUGUCUCCAGUCUCAGUUUCCUCACCAUUCUUUUAACCACUGAUCAAUCUUUUCUUCCUCUCUUCCCUCUCAAACCCUGGUAUCUGCUCAUACUAUUUUUCGAUCUUUACCAUUUCCCUCCAUCUGCCCCUUAUUUUUCUAUCAUUCCUUCCUCUCUCUGUCUCUCUCUCUCAUUUCUGUAUCUGUCUACCUGUCCUUCCCGUUCUAUCAAUCCCUCCAUUUUCUCUCUACUCCAAUGGCGCCUGCUUUCUUUCCAUCUCUCCCUCCUUCUCUUCAUUCCCCCACUCAUCCAUGAUUCUGUGCAUUCCCUCCACCUACUUGUGUGUUCCAACCCACAAGGACCUGCAGAAUGCAGUUCAGCAGGAGGGCAUUGAGCUGCAGGAUCAGAGGGCCGACCAACGGGAGCUGGAGGAGACACUGGAGAAGCUUGAACAGCACAGAAUGGAGCUGGAAGAGCAGCUUAAACUGACCAGGCUGGAGUGUGUUAAGGAGAGCCAGCAGAUCCUGUCCCUGCAAGCAGAGGAGGCGGCCAGGGAGAUGAAAGUGGAGGAGUAUGAACGGGAGCUGGCCCGUGCUAGGAGGAAACUCAAGCAGCUAAAGAUAGAGGUCCGACAGGCACAGGGGAAAGUGGAGGCAGCGGGGGAAUGCAUCAUCCCGUUAGAAGAUUCCAUCAGUCAAUCGUAUGAGGAGAUUUUACAGGAGGAGUGCAUGCUUAGUAUUCUGAGGGGGGAGCAAACAAGAGAUGCAACACUGCCAGACCACCAACAGGUGGAGCCAAACGACACAUCUCCAUGCAGCCUCAGGACAGAGGAUGGAACAGUAGACAUCCCUGAUGUCCCUGCUUGGUCAUGGGGCCGGAGUCAAUCACUGCCUGUUUACGCAGAGAUCCUGGCUAACCUUGGGUGCGCGGCUCGUGCUAAGAAUGGAUUGACUGAUACACAAGAAGAGGAGGAAGAAACGCUAAGCACACCAAAGCAGAUAGAUAAAGGAGAAGAGAAAGUGAAGGUGGAAGAAAAGAUUACAAAAUAUUCUAACAGUAGCAUAGCUAUCAAAGAUCUGGACUUCUACCACCCUGAUCCCUUCAUUCACUGUGAAUCUGAACAUGACCUAUUUAAAGAUGAUGACCUCUUCACCAAAACAGAUAAAUCUGAUGAUGAUCCAUUCAAAGGCACCAACCCCUUUGGUGCAGAUGUCCUUUUUUCAGAAGGGACAGAGGAGCCUUAUUGCUCAAAUGAUUCCUUCCCAGGCAUCCCUGCCUGCCGGGAACUUGGAUCUAAUGACGAGACAGACAAGAGCCUCUCUUGCGCUGAUAACAAAGCCUCCACCGGCACCCAGUGCUUUGAGUCAGAGUUUCCAGAUGAGGACGAAACCAGUGACAUAGAAAUCAGUUACAGCAGGGAGGAUCUGGAUGCUGUUCACUCAGAAGCUGUUCAACUCUCUUUUGUUGAGCCCAAAACGUUAUUAAUAACAGAAUGCCUGAGUUUCAAGCCCAUCUACACUGCUCAAACCUGUUCUUUGGACAUUGAAUUAGAAGAUGAAGCAGGAUCCAAUGUAGCAUCAGGACGGGAAUCCUUCAGUCAAGCAUCCAGAGCCACACCUGGCUGCUGGACCCAACUUCUCCACUGAAUCUGACCCCAACGGAUACGAGUUUGACAUCAAUGCAGUAUCCCCCCCUUCUGACAUAGCAGAGAUUGAUAUAACUCUAGGAUCUAUACCAGUUGACUAUGAUGUUGUACCUCCUGAGUAUGAUUCUGUGGAACCCAGCUACCCGGAUGAUGUUCAGGCUUGUGACUCAGAACCUGUCAGAACAGGAGGAUGCAACCUUCCUGAACCAACCCGCCCGGUCCGUCCACCUAGACGUCUCAAAGCGUCAAACACCCGGAAAGCUGAACGCUGUGAUCCAGGUUCUUCCAAUCGCUCUGCUGAUUCAGAGCAGGACAGUGCAAUUGGCAUGGAGUCUCUCAGCAACUCAGCUGAAAAUAAUAGUAAAUUAAGUUUCAGCAACAACAGUUUCGAGCUGAACUAUGAACCCAGUAGUCACACUUCGUACAACUAUGGAUUUAAACUGAGCCCUGAACACCACAGUGAGGACAUACUUAAUCCCUUUGGCACUGAUCCCAGCGAUGAAGAUGCUGAUAACCAAGACUCAUUGGAUCCUUAUUUAUUUGAACCAACCACUCAAUCUGAGAACCUAGACAAGUUUGACCCUUAUGAGUUUAAUCCUACAUUUCAAGCUGAAAACCAAGACCAGUUUGACCAUUAUAAAUGUAAUCCUACAUCUCAACUUGAGAACCAAGAAAAGUUUGACCCAUUCGAAUUUGAGCCUACCAUUCAACCUGACAACCAAGACAACUUUGGCCCUUAUGAAUUAAUGCCUACAACUCAACCUGAGAACCAAGACAAGUUUGAUCCAUUUGAAUUUGAGCCUACCAUUCAACCUGAGAACCAAGACAAGUUUGACCCUUAUGAGUUUAGAAAUACUUCUCAGGCUAGCAACCAAGACACAUUCGAUCCCUAUGGUUUCAAACUUGCAAGUUUUGAGACAGACAACCAAGCUAUCUUUGGCCUACACAGUGGCGAUGAUACCAACCUAGAACACAACAAUAACAGAACUAAAAGGGACCCCUUUAGCUUUGAUUUCAGUAAUGCAGCAUCAAUGGACCCCUAUUGUUCAGAAUCCGGUAACACAGUAACGAUGGACCUGUUAGGUCUAGAACUCACAGGAACAAACAGUGUUGCUGAGUCUGAUAUAAAAAAUCCUAAUGAGUCUGACCAAUGCGGAAAAGUACAAACCAUGGCAACCGCAAGCAACCUAUUAGACCUGGAUUCUGUGUUUGGAAGCAGUAGUUAUAGUGUUAACCCUGAAGUUGCCCCGAUCCUUGACCCUUGUGAACCUAGACCGGGAAACCCUGCUGGUUCAGACAACUUUGCAUUCAGAGCAAGAGACACUGCCCACUCUGUGUCUGUUGACACCGUUUCUGACUGGAUGACUGUUAAGUCCAACUCCAAGGAGUCUUCCAGCCCUGUCAACACCUGCACACAGAGCUUUGACCAAUGAACCAUUUGCUGGGACAAUGUCACUAGUGUGGACAUGACUAAUGCAUUACAGCCCAAAAAUUGGGAAGUAGAUGAAAAGACAGACUGCAAAGGAGAAAAUCAGUCUCUUUUCUCCUUGCUUGGCAUGAUUUACCUUGACCCGUGGUCAAGGGUUGCAAAAUUGCAUUGAUUUAAUAGUGAUUGAUGUGUUCAUUGAAAAUCAUAUGUUGAUUUUAAUGUAUGACUUUCUACUUGUUGAUUGUUGCUUUACAGUUGUGAGGCCUUAGUUUGUUCUACACCCUGUUAUAGGGGCAAUACAGUACUGAAUCUGGGUCCAGUUAUAGGUAAAGGUAGGAACAUAUACAGUGGGGAGAACAAGUAUUUGAUACACUGCCAAAUUUGUAGGUUUUCCCACUUACAAAGCAUG